AUGUCCAAGGUUUCUGGCAGCGACAUUAAGAGGGCCCUCGCCGUACCCGAGAACAAGAGCCGCAGCAAGUGCGACUUCGACCUGACUCCGUUCGUCAGGUGGCCUCGCCAGGUCCGCAUCCAGAGACAGAAGGCAGUCCUCCAGAGGCGCCUCAAGGUUCCCCCAACUGUCAAUCAGUUCAUGAAUCCGAUCUCGAGGAACCUCACAAACGAGAUUUUCAACCUUGCUCGCAAGUACUCCCCCGAAUCGAAGGAGGAGCACAAGGCGCGCCUGCUCCAGAUCGCCGACGCAAAGGCCAACGGGAAGCCCCUUCCGGAGAAGUCUGACAAGCUUGUCAUCGCGUCUGGUAUCAGACGCAUAACAUCCCUCGUCGAGAGCAAGCGCGCGAAGCUUGUCCUGAUUGCAAAUGAUGUCGACCCCCUUGAACUCGUACUUUGGCUUCCCACACUCUGUCACAAGAUGGGCGUCCCGUACGCCAUCGUUCGCACUAAGGGCGAUCUGGGCAAGCUCGUCCAUCUGAAGAAGACGACCAGCGUCUGCUUCACCGACGUGAACCCAGAGGACAAGCCCACCUUUGAUAAGAUCCUCGCGGCCGUGGCCCAUGAAGUUGAUUAUGCAAAGGCCAUGAAGACGUACGGAGGCGGCGUUCGCCGCGAGGAUGAGGCCCAGCAGAUGUAA